CCAAUGUCCGAGAUCAUCACCCAAUCAACAGAUCCAUCCGCAGAUAAAAUGGAGAUCGGAAAAAAAGAGCCAUGCCCAUCGUAUCCAUUAAUCGCGUUGUGUUCAACCUUAGUUUGCUACUCCAGAUCUGAUUCUUUACUUGGGUCAAAAAGAGAUUUAGACUUUCUGCAAAGUUCAAUCGAGCCAUUUUUUUCUUUCCUUCUCCUGCUUUUUGAAUAUAUAUUAGAUGAGGAAGUAGUCUGUGUUCAUAGUCUCAUAUACAAGGUGCGCUCUUAGACGUCUCCUGGUAAAGAUUUCUACUUUUCAUUCCAGUUUUCUUUUCUUCAAUCAUGGUGAUUUGAUGUUCAUAAGCUUUUCUGUCUACCCAGUUUUUUUUUGGAAGUACAACCCACUGCAGUCUUUAUCACACAUAUCAUUGAAUCUUUAAUGCAGUGUGACAGAAAUAACAACAAUAGCAAGUUACCCAUAAUAAGCUCUGGUUGUUUGUCAUGGAUGGUUGCCUUUGUAGGGCUUUGUAUUUGCUGGAUAUAGGAUUCUUCUCAUAGACGAUUAUGAAUCAUUGGGCGCGCAGGCUGCCUGACUCUGUAAGCCGACUCGAGCUAGGGAAUGAGAUCAUUUUUACAACUUAAAACAAUCACUCGAUAUACCAGACAGUCACAAGGAUGACACUGUACCUAUCUGUGCUAUGGAGGGCAGGGCUGCUCCUUUAACUACAGAACAGCCUAACCUUGGCGCUCGUGUGCCAACAUUGGACCCCCAAGCUGAUGCUGCGAUCAGGUACCUUACCCAGAUACUAAUGGAGGAUAGCUUGGAUGAGAAUGAUCAGAGCUUGUCCUAUGAUCCCGUUGCUCUUAGGGCUGCUGAGAAUUCCUUUUACGAGGCCCUCCGUGGAAACCCUUCACCCCCUCAUCAAGAACCUCUCUUUAUUAACAACAAUUCCGAAAGGUUGCACUGUGCAACAGACAGCAGUUUUGACCCUGACUGGUGGAUUGUUGACCCUGAAGAACCAAAAUCAUUUCUGGCGGGUGAUCCUCCCGAGUCCUCUUUCCGAUCAUCAAGUCAACCUAACACAGGUUCCACUAGAAGCAAGAAGCAUAACCAUCCAGAUGAUACUGGGUUAGAAGAAGAAAGGAGAAGCAAAUAUUCUGCAGCUUGUAAGGAGGAGGAGGAGGUUGAGUUGUCGGAGAUGAUUGAUAAGCUGUUGAUUUGUACUGACAAUAUCAUAGUUUAUGGGGCUCCAUCUGUGGUUGGUGGCAAGGGAACACAACAGAACGGCCGAAGUGGCAGGAAGAGCCAUUCCAAUAGAAAACAAGAUAACACUGAGGUCGUGGAUCUGGAGACUCUUUUAAUGAGCUGUGCGCGGUCUAUUGCCACUUUCGAUCACGAGUCUGCACAAGAAGAGUUGAAGAUGAUCAAGAAGCACUCAUCGCCCACUGGGAAUGCCAAUCAAAGGAUGGCUCAUGCAUUUGCGAAUGCUCUUGAGGCACGGCUUAAUGGAACAGGCCCAGAACUCUACGCGGCCUUGGCUCCAAAUAACAUGAUACCUUCUGAGAUGUUGAAAUCCCAUCUCACCUCAUGGCCAAUCGCAAGAAUAUCAUAUUUCCUCUCAAACAAAAUGAUCCACGAAGUAGUUUCGAAAGGUACAUCUGUGCAUGUCAUAGAUUUCGGUGUGUUUUUUGGCAUCCAAUGGCCCACUCUUAUCCGGGAUCUUUCACAAAGACCCGGAGGCCCUCCUAAUCUUCGAAUAACUGGAAUCGAGUAUCCUCAACCCGGGUUUCGCCCCGAACAGAUGGUAGAGGAGACUGGUCGUCGCUUGGCAAAGUAUUGCGAGCAAUUUGGCGUUCCAUUCGAGUACAAUGCCAUAACAACAAAGACUUGGGAGAAGAUCAAAGUUGGUGAUUUGAAGCUCGCGAAAGGCGAGCUUGUAGCCAUUAACUGUCUCUUUCGACUGAAAACCCUAAUGGACGAGACCGUUGGCGAGGACGACAACCCAAGGGAUGCAGUCCUCAACUUGAUUCGGGAAGUGAAUCCCUGCGUUUUUGUGCCGACCGUGCUCAGCGGGUCCCACAGCUGUCCCAUCUUUCUCUCUCGGUUCCGAGAGGCCUUUCUGUUCUACUCCACUACCUUUGACAUGCUUGAUGCCACAGUACCAGACGACGGUAGCAGGCUGAGCUUCGAGCGAGAAUUCAUGGGGCGCGAAAUAAUGAAUGUCGUUGCUUGUGAGGACAGGGAGAGAGUAGAGAGGCCUGAAACAUACAAGCAGUGGCAAUCGCGGUUUGUGAGGGCCGGGUUCAGGGCAAUGCCCAUGAACCAGAAACUUGUGAAGAAGGUGAAGGACAAGUUGGAGGUAGGGUAUCACAGAGACUUUGUGUUUGAUGAAGAUGGCCAUUGGGUGUUGCAGGGAUGGAAAGGCCGGACCAUUUGUGGUACUUCUUGCUGGGUACCAACCUCUCAUUAUGGGUGAAGCCAUUAUUGUUGUAUGCGUAUGUUGUUUAUCUCUUUGGUUGUGGUUUCAUUGUGAGUUGCAUAUUUGGUGUUUCAGCUAAUUUUUUUCUUUUGUAUUUGUAACGAUAAAAUUGACAAUUUGUCAUAAACCAAGUGGAAUCUC